CCCAGCAUUUUUCAUCAAACAAACAUACCAUAUCAUAUAGCAUCAUUUCUAAAAUUAAUAGAAAUAACAAAAAUGAGUUCAUUUUCUCUAUUGUGUGUGCUGGGCUUAUCCCUCAUUAUGGUUCACGUUGCACAUGCCCAAAACUCACAAUCAGACUAUGUGAACGCCCACAACGACGCAAGACGUCAGGUUGGUGUUGCAAAUAUUGUUUGGGACAAUACUGUUGCUAGUUUUGCCCAAGACUAUGCUAAUCAACGCAAGGGUGAUUGUCAACUGAUCCACUCCGGUGGUGGUGGCCGUUACGGGGAAAAUCUAGCGUGGAGCUCUGGCGACAUGAGUGGCUCAGAUGCAGUGAAGUUGUGGGUGAAUGAGAAAGCUGACUAUGAUUAUAAUAGUAACACAUGUGCUUCUGGUAAAGUGUGUGGCCAUUAUACCCAGGUUGUUUGGAGAAACUCACAACGUGUUGGAUGUGCCAAAGUGAGAUGUGAUAAUAAUAGAGGAACAUUCAUUACAUGCAAUUACGACCCACCAGGCAACUAUGUUGGUGAAAAGCCAUACUAAGUGUUUCACUUUAAGCUAUAUAGAAACCAUACCAUAUGAUGGAUAAAUAAAUAAAUAAAUUGCAGGGUAAACGUAUGUACGUAAUGAGUUCUUGACUCAUUAUAUGAUAUUUCUCAAA